AAACAGAACGCUCAAACUCCAUAACCUAAAAACUACACGCCCUUCAGCCUCACACCCAAAUAUCAGAUUUUCUCUGUUUUCUUUUAUUUAUUUUUUUGAAGGAGAAAGAAAGAAAACAACAAAUCUCCAAACAAAAAUAGAAAGGAAAAUAACUAGAGGUGCCUCUUCGAUUUCCUUCUUCUUCUUCUUCUUCUUCUUCUUCUCUCUCUCUCUCUCUCUCAAAGUCACGAGAAACAAUCUACAGGUAAUUCAAAUUUCUCUUCCCAUCUAUAAAAUUCUUCAGAUUUUGAAAAACAAACAUAUCUUUUUUUUUUUCUUCCUUGCGUUCUUUUUAAGCUACACACCCUUUUCAUCCCAAACCCUUUUAAGCUUGAACACACUUCUCUUUUCCUCUGUAAUUCGCAACGCUUUCUCUUAACACAUUUCUCUUUCUUAUUUCAUUCUUUUGAGAACUUGCAGACUGUUGAAAUUUCAUUUUCAUUUUCUGAUGUUCUUGUGUUCUUUUCAACCUUUGGUCAACCCACCAGCUGAAACUCGGGCUUUCUUUCUGUUCUCCAACCCUCGUUUCUCUGGGUCAAGGGCUUUUGGUUUUCAUUGAUUGCCCAUAAUUUUGUUCUCCAUUCUUGUUCCAUAUUGAUGCAGUGCCCAUAAUUUCAACUGGGUUUGUCUUCCUUUUCAUUUUUAGCCAUUGGUUAAUCUCUGCGGUCUACCCUAUGCUGCCUCAGCAGAAAAACCCAGCUGGGGUUUCCCAAUCUAUGCAUCAGCAAACAACUUCAAAUAACAAUCUUGAGGAACCAGAUAAAAGACCCUUCUCUAUAAGACAGUAUGUUCUUGCUUGUCGUCAGAAAGAUGUCUUUUCUAACUGGCCAUUUCCAGAAAAAUACUUGCAAAUUUGUCUCAAUUACGGUAUUAGUGAUGUGUUGCCGCCCCUUGAAUCCCAUAAUUCAGCCAUCCAGUCACUCAGAGGAGCUGUAGGUUUGAAUUGUACUCAACAAGAUGAUGAGAAUGUUGAUUACUCCGAAGAUAAAGAACCAGAUACCAUUGAGCAGGAGAUUGAAGAUGAGUGUAAAUUAUACUCUGACUCUGAGGAAGCAGUAUCGGCCCUUUCAAUCCAACGUUGCCAUUUAUCUCCUUCAAAUAGCAGUCAUAAGCAUGAAGAAAACAAGACUGGCUUCAGUCCCCACGAUGCUUCCAACAUUAUGGUUUCAACAGAUCAACCUUCAACACCUUCAACUACAAUACCAAGUUCACACCUUAAUGUUAUUCAGUGUAAUAAAACAUUGACUUCUUCUACGAAGCCGAGGCGUAUGAAAAAACAACACAAGGGUAAGCAUAAGAAGCGGUCGAUGGCGAGUAUUUUAUCUGUAGCCAAGCCUUGUACAUCAGAGGAUCUCCUUAGAAUUAAAAGAUUGUGCUGUGUUUCGAGCGCACCUCUUGAGCAGGGGGGUGAAGGAAUUGAGAAUAUGAUCGAUGUUAGGCAUGAUUGCAAUUCUGAUCUAACCAAGGAUUUCUCGAGUGAAAAGCUUGAAAGAGAUGAUAGCGAAGAACCCAAGCUCAGUAUGCUGUCCGGACAAAAAAUUGUUGUGAAGUUCAAGUUUAGCGGUUGCAAAUCCGAUGUCUGAAGCAAAAAUUAAUAAAACUUGCAGAUUAAAUAUGAGCUCUCUCUGCUGAGCACAAUGAUGGGUACUUGGAAAGAGGUCAGCUUCAUGGGCUAUCUGGUACAGUUUGGGAUGCAUGGGAUUGAGAUCCCCGAGUUGUCAUCUCCUUUUAACAUGUCAUUAUCUUUGCUUGAUGAAUACGAGGAGUGAAUGAACUUUUGGUGAUGCCUCAAAGACCCAAACAUGCUCGUUUGAAAUGUCCUCCUGUGGCUCGACCAAAACUCAAUGUAGAUGGUUAUUCAAAACCAGAUUUGAGGUGCUACUGUUGGGAAUGACAAAGGCUAAGUGAUGGUUGUGACGAUGACCCUUUGGGCGGCACUUCCAGAAUGAGAUUCUGGCAAUUUCAUGUGAGUUGAAGCUUGAACUGGAUUCGGUGUUCCAUUCAAUUAUAGUGGAGCCCACAUCUGAAAUUUGAGGAUGAAUGCAUACGUAGCUAAUGAUGGAAGGCAUAUAGCUACUGUCUCAGUUUCUUUUCUUUCCUUGUGACUAUUUUCCUAGAGGUUGUAAUAGGGUAUCCGUCACCUCUUUUUUUUUUGGUCGAAAGGCAAAUUCAUUGAAAACCCACAAAAGGGCAAGGAACACAACCAAAGGGCCAAGCAAGGAGCACCCGCAAAAGACAAACGCAACAACACCAAAACAGGACCAGAUCUAACUAAAACCCAGGCAUAGGCAUAGUAUGAAGAUCAUGAUCCCGCCGGAAGCAAAAUUAAGCUGGCAAAAAGCCAGCAGUAAAACAGAACCCACACCCAGCAUGUGGUAGCAACACCAAGUUGAAACAAGAAAAAAUACAGAAAAUACACGCCCAAAUCACAAAUCUACCACAAAAACCAGUAACUCUCAAAGCAGACCAAAGGCACAGGGAAAGUAACCAA